GCUACGUAGUACUUGCUGGCUUUGUUGGUACAGCCGCCGUAUCGCUAUGGCAGACAAGUCUAAAGCGCGUUCUUCGAGCAUUGACCUGGGAGCCACUGUCGUGGUGAAGAGAGAUGGAGAACUCCUUGGACAACGAGGUUCUGUGGUGGACAAGAAUCAGGGGUGGUACAAGGUCCAGCUCCCCGGGGUGGACGGCAUCAAGAGCUUCCGAUGGGCGGAAAUAAAAGAGAUGGAAGCCCCCCCGCCUUCGCCUCCCCCUUCGGCAAUUCCAAGCCCAAUCAAGCCUCAGGCACCAUCCCCGUUCAAGAAGAACUCCUCCGUGUCCACGGCGGCGGCGGCGGUAGUAGGUGUUGCCGGGGAUAAAUCUUCGUCGAGAGGGAAAGCGGCGGGGGGGUUUCCGCCGAGACAUCCGUCGACCGCGUCGGCUGCUUCCGUCGCGGACGAGAAAACGGUGACCAUGCGGCGGCGAUUAACAAGAGGGCGUCCCUCCGAGAAUGAUGCCGGUGUCACCCCCAGUUCCUCGGCGGCGGGAACUUCAGACCAACCGGACCAGGAGAGGGAAAAGGAGGAGGAGGAGGAGAAGGCACGAGGGGGGAGCGGAGGGAAAACGGCCGACGUGGACGACGACGAAGAGACGGAGUCCGAGGCGAACCGCGAAGUAGACGAGGACGAGACUGAUCUGGAUGACGUCGAAGAAGGGGGAGGGGGCGGAGCUGACACAGAUGUCGGCGAGGGGCAUGAGGAACGGGCGCGGGAAGAGGCAGAGGGGCACGGGGAGAAGAAGCAGGAGGAGGAGAAUGAAGAGGAGGAGGAGGAGGAGGAAGAGGAGGAGGAG